CCAUUGCCAACUUGCUACUUCUCCCCCUUCCUCCCUCCCUCCCUCCCUCCCUCCCUCUUCUUUCUCUCUCCUAUUUUUUUUCCCUCCUCCACCCGCAUCAACCACCACUUCCACCACUUCCACCACCACCAACCACCGCCUGUUCCGCCUUGCUCAAAUUCUACAGAGCUAAAGAAAACCUAAAAAAGAAAAAGGGUAAAGAUCCACAAAAAGUUAAUCCCUCUUUUCUCAGAAACAGAAAACAGAGAAGAAGAAGAAAAAGAAGAAAAAAAAAACAGAGGAAGUUAGAGAGAGAAAUCUUGAGAGAUGGGAGGUGUGACGUCAUCAAUGGCGGCGAAAUUCGCGUUUUUCCCACCGAACCCACCUUCAUACAGAGUGUCUAAAGAUGAAUCAACAGGUUUACAGCUUCUAGAGCCUUACCCUCACAGGGAAAACGUCGACGUUUUGAAGAUCCCAACAAGAAGGAACACUGAGAUCGUUGCUGUGUAUGUGAGGUAUCCAAUGGCUACUUCUACUGUUCUUUACUCUCAUGGGAAUGCUGCUGAUAUUGGCCAGAUGUAUGAGCUUUUCAUUGAGUUGAGCAUCCAUUUGAAGGUUAAUAUUAUGGGGUAUGAUUACUCUGGGUAUGGACAAUCAAGUGGAAAGCCGACUGAGAAUAACACAUAUGCGGACAUUGAAGCUGCAUAUAAGUGUCUUGAAGAGAACUAUGGUGCUAAGCAGGAAGAUAUCAUUCUAUAUGGUCAAUCUGUUGGCAGUGGCCCCACUUUGGAUCUUGCCUCUCGCUUACCCCGAUUAAGGGCAGUUGUUCUGCAUAGUCCUAUCCUUUCAGGCUUGAGAGUCAUGUAUCCUGUUAAGCGCACUUAUUGGUUUGACAUCUACAAGAAUAUCGAUAAAAUUCCAUUGGUGAAGUGUGCUGUUCUGGUAAUUCAUGGAACGGCUGAUGAUGUAGUUGAUUUUUCACAUGGUAAAACAUUGUGGGAAAUGUCCCCAGAAAAAUAUGAACCCUUAUGGCUUAAAGGAGGAAGUCAUUGUGACUUGGAACUUUACCCUGACUAUAUCAAACAUCUCAAGAAAUUUGUAUCCACCAUGGAGAAACCUCCUUCCCAGAGGCACAGCGUCUCACGAAGAAGUGUUGACAGGCCUGAAAAAUCACGAAAGAGCACCGACUGUUACGAUGCCCCAAGGAAAAGUAUUGACAGGAGAGAGAAACCAAGGAAAAGCACUGACCGUCCAGAAAUGAUGAAAAUACAUGAGUAUAAAGCCAGCAGCAUCAAUAAGCUCGAAAAAUUGAACCUACCUUUUGAGCAGCUGGAGAAGUCCCGGAGAAGUGUAGAAUAUCACGACAGGUCUCGAAAAAGCAUUGAUAUGCAGUUUGAGAAGGGUCGCCGUAGUGUGGAUUGGGUGGAUAGAAUAAGAGCAGUUUGAAAGGGGGUUUCAUAGCACUGUAAAGUAACUGGAAACAACCAAAUUCAUGUGAAGGGAAGGGGGACAGAUGAAAAUACAGAUUAAGUGAAUAGAGAACAAGGAAACUUUGGGUAAAGAAAUCGUUGGGCGAAUUCAUUUCAUUGGAUGGGUAUAACUUAUGGCUUUUGGGAGUUGGUGUUUUAGAUGUUUGGAUAUUCAUUCCAUGAGAAAGUUUCUUUGAUGAAACUUGAGAUUUGAUGUAGGAGUAAAUUUGUUCAUGUUUCAAAUGGAGAAGUUCUAACCUGUAGUACUUUCCAUAAUUCUAAGGGCAAAAUAUGUUGUUUUUCGUA